GACGUUUGACGUAGCCAACCAUCAAGCAACGGCCGUUGGGGCUUAAAUUUUAUUGUUUUAAUUUUGUUAAAAGUAAUUGUUAUUCACGACUAAUCAAUUAUAUUAUAACCAGUGCAAUGAAACCUAUAUUAGUUAAUUUGAACAUUGGUGACCAAUUGACAGCUACAUCAUGCGGCCUUGUCGUAGCAGAAUUAAUUAAGUUUAUUGCUCAUCAAAGACUCCAAAUACCUUAUACCUAUCAAUGGUUAAAACAAGUGGUUAAUAAGAAAAAGAUGAGUGAACAUGUGGACAAAAAAGACAGUUUGCAAUCUGAAAUGCAUUUUCGUUUAGUCUCUAGUGCAUUAGACAACUUAGAUUUCAUUUUAAAGAGUCUGCUUCAAGAGAUUAAUGGUUUGAUGAUCCCAGAGGAAGUAUGCAUUGCCCUCGGGAGCACCCCAGUAACCUGCAAGGAAGUUUACAGACUGCUGCUGCCCACUCUGUGCCACACGUCCCAGUGUCACUCCGUCCAUAUUGCAACGGACCAGAAAAUACAAAGAAGUGUGUUCAAAACAUUGGUGACAUCGGAAUUAAGUCAAGUGAUCUUCUCUCCCAUGACCCCAACUAACAUGUACAUCUUCAUAAGAAAGAAGCAAACAAAGGUCCCCGUGACCAGCGAUACCUUCAUUCCGGCCCGUGGAUGUAGGCUCCCGAAGGCCACCAAGAUUGUUGUCAUCGACUUUAGAGCAGAUAACCAGGAUAACCUCUCCUGUUGUAACGAUUUCCAGAUAUUCGGAGAUGUCAUAAGCAAUAGCAUGAUAAACUUGCAAUUGGGUGACGAACCUAACUUUAGCGAGAUAGAGUCAAGUGAAACUAUGGCCUGGUACCAGUCUUCGUAUGUAAUGAAGGGAUUUAAAGACUGCAUAGUCAAUGGGAGCUCAAUCACGAACACGUGGCUUGAGUCUUGAUAAAUAGACUGAUCAUUUAGUACA